AUGGGCAAGCACUCCCGUAAAUCCCGGGGCUUGUGCGAGAGCCACACCCGGGAUAUCAGCUUCUUACUCACCCAGCCAUCCAGGCCUAAAAUGGCAGAUCGAUCGGCAGAUACACCACGCAGAUCCACAUCGGCCUCAGAGGAGGAAGAUCCAGAACCAGAGGACCAUCAGCCACAUACCCGAAGUGGCAGAGUGGCUCCCCAGUGGCAGCCUGACCCGCAACUGGCCACAAAAACUGACAUAACCGCGAUGAUGACGGAGAUUAAUGCCUACAUUGCCUCAGAAAUGGUGGUCCUGAAAACAGACCUCAGCUCUCUGGCAGGCAGGAUACAAUCCACAGAGGAAACGUCCGCAGCCUUAGAGUCAAACAGGACACUACAACAGCCCAGAGCUGAUGGCAAAAAUGGGACAGAUGGAAGAUGCGACAAGACAACGCAAUCUAAAAAUCCAUGGGAUCCCAAAUGCCAUCGAUGCUGGCGAACUCCCACAGUUCAUCAGGAGGCUACUCUCCACUACUCUGACACACAAACAGGAUAA